UAGUCUUCAUUAGCUCAGCAGUUGACUAAGUAACUCUGCAACUGACACAACAUAUUUUUAUUAAAAAAAAAAAACAUUAUUUAAAUUAAUAAUAUUGUUAUUAACUCAUGAUAAAUAUAAAUAGGAUGAAGCUAAUUAUGACAGUAGUGUUAUUCUGUGAACUUAUCAGUAUGAUUAGUGCUGGAACUGAUUGUAGUGCUGGUGUAACUCUUUCAAACAUGGAUGGUUCAAAAAAAUACGUAGUUGAUUGUGAAGUUGGUCCUCCUGUAGUAACAUUUUCAAACAUAUAUACUUCAGGAGAAAUUAUUAUUAAUUCUAAAAGCUGUCCUCAAACUGUUACCUAUUCAAAUAUGUACAAUUCAGGAGCGAUUACAAUAAAUUGUCGUUGUAAAAAUUGUUGUCUUAAAACUGUUACUAAAUCUAACAUGUACAACUCCGGAGCAAUUACAAUAAAUUGCGGCUGUAGAAAUUGUUGUCCUCAAACCAACACAGAAUCAAAUAUGCAUAAUUCUGGAAAAAUAUCAAUCAAUUGUUAAAAUCUUUACAGAUUUAAAAACAAUUAUUUUUUAAUAAUAACUAGACUCAUUUAUUCCACUGGAUCAUUAAUAAUUUUUCUGUAUUAAAAAAAAAAAAAAGUGAAAAUUGUAAUUCGAUAUAAUAUUUAAUAAUAAUUAAUAAAUAAUAAUAAAUUAAAAUGAAAAA